AUGGAAAAGGAGUUCCAAAAUCAAAAGUUCCAAGAAGAGGAGCGAGAAAAUACAACAGCGUCAGGAGUUAUUGAGCUCGAAAAUCCUGGGGCAUUGAAUACAUCCGAGUUCGAUAUGGAAAAAAUGGUACGAGAGUUUCGGGCGUUCCAGAAUGUGAUUAUCCAGCAGCACCAGGAGAAAAUUAAGUCGAUUAUGGAAGAAAUUGAGCAGAUGUUCCUAUCGCAGCAAUCCAGCAACAAUCAAAAAGGGGACAAGGAAGAAAAGGAAAGGCAAGUCGUCGAAGCUGGAAAAGAUGACCUGUCCACACAACUAGCAAAUGCAAGAGAGGGACAUAAUGCUGUUGAACGAAAACAGAUUCCAGUCUUGGAAGAAGAAGAAGAAAAUUCCGCCCUGACCAAUGAAGAACCCGAAAAACAUAAUGAUAUUGGAGAAAAGGAAAAAGAAAUGAAGGCGAUAAGCACAGAAGGUCCCAUCAUUUCCAACGAAUAUGGAAAAGAAUUAAUCGAAGAAGUGGGAAAAGACAAACAAAGUUCUCUGGUUCCGGUUCCUGAAGAGUAUUCCAACGAGUAUGGAAAUGAAUUUAUCGAAGAAGUGGGAAAAGCCAAACAAAAUUCUCUGGUACCGGUUCCUGAAGGUCUUAGCGAAAUCCAUAGCAAAUCAUCAAGGGCCGUGAAAACAGAAGACGACGAAUCGGAGCUUACAAUAAAGCCAACGGCAAUCUUUUGCUACAUGGGUGAUGACGGUCUGCAGCGAUGGACUACUAAUUCGGCAGCAUGGAAAAUGAAGCCGGCAAAUAAAGGUGGUGGUAUCGGCAAGAGAGGCUGGAUUAAACGUUGGAGUCGUUUCCUGGAAGCGGUUACCUGA